AGCCUGCCUUAGUGAUGUUGCGCAUCCCGCUGGGAGACCGCCCAAAACUGGAUGAUAUCAAGGGUGAUGCUGCCGGGUUGAGAGAGUUGACAGGACUCAUGAAGAGAUGCUGGGACAAUGAACCUAAAUAAAGGCCUAACGCCCUUGAGUGUACAACUGAGACAGAACAACUGUUCAAGAUGCACGAACAUGAACUCAAUGACGCUGUCCAUGAAGUGCUGAAGAAACUGGACCAAAAGGAAGAAAGAGCUGGGGCAGCACGGGGAGAGCAGCAGUCAGCUGGACAACCUCCGACACAGAGAGAGGAGACGAGAGGACAGGGAAGCCCGUCUACAGACCAGACACUAAGAGACGAGCCGACAGGACAAGUGGAAGAGAUCCAACAGGGCAUGAGAGGAUUGGAUGUAUCUGCUGUGGACCCUCUCAGGGUCCAGAGGAGUGAUCUGAUGAGAUAUUCCUGUGAACUCACACUGGACACCAACACAAUGAACAGAAACCUCAAACUGUCUGACAACAACAGGAAGGUGACAUUAGUGAUGAAGGAGGAGCAGUCAUAUCCUGAUCAUCCAGAGAGGUUUGACGUGUGUCCUCAGCUGCUGUGUAGAGAUGGUCUGACUGAUCGCUGUUACUGGGAGGUAGAGACAAGUGGAAAGGUUUUUAUAUCAGUGAGUUACAGAGGAAUCAACAGGAAAGGAAACAGUCAUGACUGUUUGCUUGGAUUUAAUGAUCAGUCCUGGAGUCUGACCUGCUCUGAUGGUUUUUACUUUGUCCGUCACAAUAACAUAGUAGCAAACGUCUCCUCCUCCCCCACCUCUGGUAGAGUAGCAGUGUAUGUGGACUGUCCUGCUGGCUCUCUGUCCUUCUACUCAGUCUCCUCUGACUCACUGAUCCACCUCUACACCUUCAACACCACAUUCACUCAGACUCUCUAUCCUGGUUUGGGGUUCUUCUCAGAUGGUUCCUCAGUGUCUCUGUGUCCUCUGUAGGAGGAAACAACUUCCUGUCCUGUGGGUUAAAUGUUGGUGGAGGACGAGGCUUCACUUUGUCUCUCUUUAAUCUUCUUCUUCUUCUUCUUCUUUAGUAAUGAUGAAAUGAUCUCCUCAGGGAUGAUCAUUAGAUGUAUAUGAACUGUGUUGACUUUGAUUUUCACUGUAAUCAUGUUUUA